AACGCGCGCUGUGGCCGGGGCUGGCAGAAGCGCUCACGGACCUGCACCAACCCCGCUCCCCUCAACGGAGGGGCCUUUUGCGAAGGAAUGUCAGUGCAGAAAAUCACCUGCACUUCUCUCUGCCCAGUGGAUGGGAACUGGGAGGUGUGGAGCGAGUGGUCUGUGUGCAGCCCCGAGUGUGAGCAUCUGAGGGUUCGGGAAUGUAUCGCGCCUCCUCCCAGAAACGGAGGGAAGUUCUGCGAGGGCUUGAGCCAGGAGUCGGAGAACUGCACCGAAGGGCUCUGCAUUCAAGAUAAAAAACCUCUUCAUGAAAUAAAAUCCCAAAAUAUCGAGACCGCCAGCGACAUCGCCCUGUACUCGGGCCUGGGAGCAGCAGUCAUUGCUGUAGCCGUGCUGGUGGUUGGCGUUACCCUCUACAGACGGAGUCAGAGUGAGUACGGCGUGGAUGUGAUUGAUUCAUCUGCACUGACAGGAGGCUUCCAGACAUUUAAUUUUAAAACAGUCAGACAAGGGAACCCGCUGCUCCUGAACCCCUCCAUGCAGCCCGACCUGACCGUGAGCAGGACCUACAGCGGCCCCAUCUGCCUGCAGGACCCCAUGGACAAGGAGCUGAUGACGGAGUCCUCCCUCUUCAACCCGCUGUCAGACAUCAAGGUCAAGGUCCAGAGCUCCUUCAUGGUGUCCCUCGGGGUGACAGAGAGGGCUGAGUAUCACGGCAAGGCCCAUUCAGGAACUUUUCCUCAUGGCAAUAGUAGAGCGUUCGGUACAAUCCAGGCUAGAAAUAAGGCGACGUACAUUCAGAACCUCUCUUCCAUCUCGACGCGCAGUGAGCUGAAGACAACUGCCAUUUUUGGACACCUGGGUGGCCGCUUAGUUGUUCCAAACACAGGAGUCAGUUUGUUGAUACCUCACGGGGCUAUUCCUGAAGAGAGCUCAUGGGAAAUCUAUCUGGCCAUCACUCAAAAGGAGUCCAGCCUACAGCCAGAAGGCUCAGAUGUUCUUCUGGGACCAGAAGUAACCUGUGGACCCUCAGAGUUGUCCGUCAGCUCUCCCUUUGCCUUGACGAUACCGCACUGCGCAGAAGUGAACUCUGAGCACUGGAACAUUCACUUGAAAAAAAGGACCCAGCAAGGGAAAUGGGAGGAAGUGAUGUCUGUGGAAGAGGAAACUACUUCUUGCUACUGCCUGUUGGAUCCUUAUGCCUGUCACAUUCUCUUAAACAGCUUUGGAACUUAUGCUCUAAUUGGGGAACCGAUCUCUGACUGCGCCGUUCGACAGCUGAAAGUAGCGGUUUUUGGCUGCCUGUCUUGCAAUUCUCUGGAUUACAAUCUGAGAGUAUAUUGUAUGGAUAACACACCUUGUGCGUUUCAGGAAGUGGUUUUGGAUGAAAGACUCCAAGGAGGACAACUACUGGAGGAACCAAAACUUUUGCCUUUCCAGGGGAAUACCUUCAGUCUGCAGAUAUCUGUCCUUGAUAUCCCACCCUUCCUGUGGAGAAUUAAACCCUUCACUGCGUGCCAGGAAGUCCCGUUCUCCCGCGUGUGGUGCGACAGCCAGAAGCCGCUGCACUGUGCCUUCUCCCUGGAGCGCUACAGCCCCGCCACCACCCAGCUCUCCUGCAAGGUCUGCGUCCGGCAGGUCAAGGGCCACGAGCAAAUCCUGCAGAUCCAGACAUCCAUCCUGGAGAAUGAAAGAGAAACCAUCACUUUCUUUGCACAUGAGGACGGCAACUUCCCUGCACAGAUGGGUCCGAAAGCUUUCAAAAUCCCCUACUCGAUUAGACAACGGAUCUGUGCAACGUUUGACACACCCAACGCCAAAGGCAAAGACUGGCAGAUGUUAGCACAAAAAAACAGCAUUAACAGGAAUCUCUCCUAUUUUGCCACCCAAAGCAGCCCGUCCGCCGUCAUCCUGGACCUCUGGGAAGCCCGACAUCAGCACGACGGCGACCUCGACUCCCUGGCCUGUGCCCUGGAAGAAAUCGGAAGGACACACUCCAAAAUCUCAGACAUAACAGAAACUGAGAUGGAAGAGCCCGACUUCAGCUACAGCAGACAAAAUGGACUCUAGUCCCUUUUCUCCACCCCCAGAACCCAGGGCCAGCUCUGAUGGCUGCACUAAACCUCUGUGGCAGGGAGGAAAUAAGGGUUUCUGCACACUGGGUGUAUGGAAACAGCCAUUUCCACAAUGCAGUUCUCAGUUGGAGGAGCAGAAGAAACCCUAUUAAAAAUCAUCUCUGUGAUAAGGAAACCACAAGCUUCUCCCUGUCCUCUCUCCUUUAAAACAUCAAAAACAAAACUACACAUCUAUUGUUCCUGGGGCAGGAAGGAGUGAGAUACAGAGCCAUAAAAGGUAAAUAUUAUGACAUAAUGUAUUUAGGAAACAGUAAUGCUAAUCUAAUGCCUAGUGAAAAUCAGCAAAUAUGACAGUGAAUACGUAGAGGCACUAGAGGUUAAUCCUAGUUUAAAGGUGUGUCUUCUCGGGGCCUUGACUCCCUUUGUCCUGUAUCUCCAACCCACCCCACCCCCAGCGGGGGGUUAUUUGAUGGUAUCAAAGUGAGAACACUUUGCAUCUGCUACAGAAAAACUGAGAAUCUGGCCUUAUCCUGUUCAGAUGCUUGAGGAACUAGGAGGGCUCCUAACUAUUUAAUUGAAAUCAAGUGUAUUCCAAACAAUUUAGUUUUAAAACCCAGUCACUUAAUGAAUGUACAUUUGCUUUGGAGCUUUCUGGCCUAUUCUGUUCACAAAACACCAGAACAACCCCCUUCUCUGAGAAAUUAGUGCAUGUGUGUGCUGGAGAGAAAUCUUCUAAGGGUCUUGGUCUGCAAACUUUCCCUUAGACAAAAAUGUUUCUUUGGGGGUGGGUUUAAAUAACCAAAUAAAACACAGCAAAGUGCCAGCCCUAUUUUAGCAAGUUGUUUUUUUUUUUUAAUUACUUCUUGUUCUGGGGCUAAACUAAAAAGUAAAGGUGAAGUCAAUCAGCACAGCUUAAUUUUGGUUUAGUUUCAGACUGAAACAAUCAACCCCAGACAGUACUGCCAAAAAUAGGCUUGAUUUCAUUGUACAAUUUGGAAAUUUCCCAGGAUAUAAACCUGGCUGCGUUACAUUUGCUUUAGUUACAAACAUCCUGCAUUUACCACCAAAUCCAGAAUCUAACUAGAGAAUCCUCCUCAUUUUUUAUCCAUUUCAUACAAAAAUAAUGUAAUUACUUCAACUGAACCAAAAAGAGAGCUGUCACUGUGAGCGAGUGUCCCGUGGGACUGGUACGGAGCCAAAUUUAACCAUUAUUUUCACUCAUCUAUUCUUUAAAAUCAGCCAAGGAGCUCAUUAGGUGUGGCCCCAAGCUGUUGGUUUUGGGGACAGGAACACAAUCAGUGUAACGCAGGAACACAGACAAGGCUUUAGGAGCUUUAUGGAAAUGCAAGAAAUACAAAACAAGCCUUCUGGGGGUUUUUCAGACCCCCCUUCCCCCCCAUAUUUGGCCAAGAGCACCCUGACAGGCCACGGGGCAGGUACUUUGCCUGCAAAUCUAGAAUAAUCUGGAACUAUUUCUUUACCCAGGAUUCCAGUCCUCAAAAGUAUAAUGAACAACUCUUGAUUUAAGACUUUGCUUGUUCUUGCUGAUCUGAAACUGCAAAUUUCACUGCUUUCCCAGCUCAGCUGGAAGAGUCUUAGCCUUAUAAAUACUGACUUCCCCAAACAUUUUCUGCACUUCAGUAUUUCAUGCAGCCUGACAUGAGAGUUCCUGUUUGCAACGGGAAACCAGAACGGCUGCAAGCAUAUUUAAGACUGAGACAAAAAUACCAGCUCAUUUGGCAGCAAGCUGUCACUGUUUUCAGCAGCACAUGGGUCUAUCUGUGUUUGAAUUAUAUUUCUAGUGACUUCCAGUCCUCCUCCUCAGAAACCUGUUCUUCACUGGACAAAAUGUCAUGAAUUAAAAAAAUAGGGAAUGGCAUCCACAGAGAAGCAGUGGAGGUUUUGUGAGCUGUCGUUGUCUGGGAAACCAGCUACAGUCACUCUCCAGCAGUUAAUUUGUUCUCAGCUUCUCCUCAAAUGCAGUUUUAAUUUUCAAACUGGCUUAGGUUCCACAACAGAGACCUAAGUUCUAACCUGCAGGUGCUGAAACGUGUUCUGUCACUCCCAAGAGCUGUACGUAUUUUCUCCUCUUGUUUUCCAAAUACAUGUGAGCUACACACAACGAACAGGGUCACAAAGAGCUGCUCGAUGCAGCUCCGACCUUAAAGCUUUUUCUCAGGAAACACUCGUGUUUACCCUCAAGACUUGGGUAACUCUGAAAAACCUCUCUGUACAGCGACGCCCGACGCUGCCCACCGAGUGCUGGGAGAAGAGAGAGAGAGAAUCCAGGCGGAGUCUGGUCUCCCAAGAUACAGCUAAAAGGGCCUUUGGAGCGAAGGGAUCUGGGUCGUACAGCAAAAUCCAAGUUAGAGCCACAAACCCAAUAAAAUUUAGUGUCUGAGUUAACGUACUCAAAAGGAAUAAAUGUCAAAGUUUCUUACAGUGCCAGGAAAGAAACCAUUCCAUGUUGGACCUGAGGUAGGAUUUUAAUUUUACAUUGCUCAUUAGAGUAUUGUUGUUGCCCUUUAGGUUUUGUUUCCUGGUUUUUUUUCCCUUUUGCUAAAGCAGCUUCUUUGUUACUGAUCUUACCUUUGCGAAUCUGAAUCAAGAACUCUGACUUUUUCUGACCUGUUACUGUUUUGUUGCUCUUGUACUGUUUAAGUGGACUAGAAAUGCCACAACAUUACUUAUUUACCCGUCUCCCACUGGAGCAGGGUUUGGAAGAGCUCCCAACCCCCAGCUACACCGGUAACGAGAGCGUAGAGUCUGGUGAGAGCUGCUGCACCAUGUCAGGUGUCUGGUGGUACCUUGACGAGGGAUCAGCAGUUACUGGUGUGGCCGCUCUAAUAACAAGGCAGCCACACAGCUGUUCCCACUGCCAAACAGCUGAACAAGACACCUAAAAUGCUAAAUAUUUGUUUCCUAUUUUCCCCAGUAGGAAGCAGCCAACUUCUGCCAGCUCCCCCCAAACCUGCUGCAAGUUCGCUUUGCAAUACGGUGUUCUCUCAGAAUGGUAAUUUAGAAUUUAUAUGCAAAUGCUAUAUAAAUAGAAUUAUAGAAUGGUUAAGAGUUGGAAGGGACCUUAGAGAUCAUCGAGUUCCAACCCCCCCCACCAUAGACAGAUUGACCAUUAUUAGCAACCUGAAAAUUCCAGAAGCACAUUUUUACAUCUAUAUUAAAAAGAUAUUUUUUUUUGCAAUCUGUAUAUGUAUAUGCAUGAUUUGAUCCAAAACACAGAUGUAAAGGAGCAUUUGAAGCAGUAUUAGAGGCCAGAAAGUAGAAAACUAUUACGACUUUUGAAAAAUAAUUUAAAAAAAUCUCAUCACAAACUAGAAAGAAAGAGAACUAUAAUGUCAGACACUUGAGAUUCCAUCCAGCUGCCCCGAGUCUGCUGUGGUGCAACAGCCUUUUUGAUUUUAUGUCACCAAAGAAUCUUCUUGAGCUUAUUUUCAUCUUCCUAAGCACUUUUCCCAGAUAUUUCUGUGCUGUGAGUCAUUUAAGACUAAUAGUUGCAUUUUAAAAAUGACUUACUAUUUUGUCACCAAAAUGGUGCACUUCCCAGCUCCGCCAGACUGCAGCAUCGUAAAGCCCAUCUACAGGUUUUACAGCGCUGCUUUUGCAGUCUUAGCGCUUUACAUUAAAAUCCUCUGAGCCACAAGGAAAGGAACCCUGUUCUGUAGAUUUAAAUUCAAACUUCAUUUACCAGCGCGAGUCCCAUAAACCCAAGACGCACUUCCACAAAAAUUUUAUUGGGCUUUUUGUAAUAGAUGAAAAGAUAUUGACACAAUUCUCUUAAAAGACAGGGAACUAUUUUUGUUAUUAUUUUUAUCUCUGGCAACAGCUGCUCUCCUCUCUGGGCCUGUGCAGAGCUUGCUUUCAGCAGGCUGAGACACUUAUUCAGCAUAAAUCACUAAUAGAGGGAUCCUGUAGGACUACUCGGUAUGAAUAUCAUACUAAAGGUUCUUUUUUUUCUUCACUUGAAAGAAAGUGCCAUGUGAGAGUUCUAAAACAUUCAGUAGCUGAUCAAUUCCAGAUGAUAAUAUUUUCCACUACAAAAAAUAUAGCUUAUGUAUAUCAGGAAAUGAUUUCUAAGUCCUUAACAGCUGAGAAUGAUGUGAGGAUUUGUCUUUCUAGACUUUGCUUUACUAAUUUGAGUUGCACCUGGGAAGUCCUCCCACUUUCUCUGCAGCAGCAGAGGUGGUUACCAUCAUUCAUGGAGAACCUUUUUCAUGUAGAAGCUGCUCAGUGUUUCUCUGGGUUGCUCCAUGGUGGAACGUGCUUUGGUAAAAUACUCCCUUGACACUGUUCUGCUUCAGAAGAUGCUGGUGGGUUUCCUGGAGCAACUCUUAAACGGCACAUAUAUCCCUUCUUGGAUAUAUAGCGAUUGUCUAGUUAAAUUCCUUAGAACUGAGAGGAUUCCCAAGCAAAUACAGUACCUUAAGAUACUAGAUAUAUAACACACACCACCUGUAGCAACACAUAAAACCCAGUACGAUGGCAAAAGGCCAUGAAUCAUUUUCUAGAAACGUACAGUCUCACUCUUUUCUCUCAUUGCCAAUACCAGCAUAAAUGGUAGCAAAAUCUCUUUUCCAACAUGGACAAAAAUAAAUCGAUCACUCUAAGAUUAAAGAGUCACUUAGAGAAUCGUUUGAUAGUAACAGUGUCCGCAAUGCAGAAAACAGAACUGCUGUUCUGCUCAUUGCCACAAGUAAAAGAAAAAUCUGUCAGUCUCCACGUUCGCUGUUCUGUCCAAAAAAUAAAAUAAAUGUCUAGGAAUUUGCCACUAUAUUUUUUGUAUUAGAGGUGAAUAGUACAGAUACUACUAGUGUUUCUUGUCUGGGGCUUGGGUGGGUAGGGGUGUAUUGUAAUUUUCAAGCUAUUGCAAAAAGCUGCUUUUAAAUAAGCUGUUCAGUUGUAUUGAAUAACUGGUUUGUGCUUUACAAGGGAAUCGGGGUGACCAGGACUCAGUGGGUGGCCUCUCGCCCUGCUCUCACAGGGUAACUAGAGCUGAAGUCACUUGUGAAAAUUUAGCUGCGGGACGGGGCGAUUCGCCGUCCCAUCCCUGGUCUGUGCCGUGGUGUGCUGUAAUCUGACCAGAUUAGACACUCACCUACUGUAGAACCGUGGUUUUGUCAGCAGCUCCGUAGUUUGUCUGCCCCUGGUGUGAUGACCUUGGUUGAGAAUGUACUUCUGCAGAUUUAAGAUGAUGAUGUCAAACCCCUGUGUUAUCUGGUCUCUGUAUAUAAAUCUUAUUGUCUAAUCCCAAAAGGAAAUGUGUAGCACUAAAUGAAGUUAAGGGUGUUCUGCACCGAGCCUGGUUGAAGGUUUGUUAGAUACAGCAGGAAGGGGAAGACAUGGAUCUAACAGCAAGUGUAUUUGCUACAGAGAACAAGAACGUUUCCUACCAAAUCCUCACUUAGAACUGACCGAAGCUUUGGUUUUGCAGUUUAAAUAACAUAAAACCUGGAAUUUCCCAAACUGAAAUCUGGAAUAUUAACUUUAUGGUGAUGAUAUCUGUUCAAGCAAUUCCUUCAGUUUUCCCCGAUUUGUGCAUUCACUGCAGUUGGAGGGGGAGGGAGGAACAUUUCUCCAUGAAGCUGUAAGGCUUUUGCAUUCUUUCCACUUUCAAUCUAAAACCCAGAUACCGGUACCGAACCUCACAAAGUUCCUGCUGCAUCAGUGAGGGUGCACACACCAACACCCAUCUGUAUCUAGAGCUGCGCCUCACUGGGACACGUAGACACUUCUGGUAUGUAUUUGGGAACAACAAACUGACAUCACAGACUUUGUGACUUUGGAGAUGUAGCUGCCUCCUCCCACCUCUUAAAUCGAAUUCCUGCCCACUGUGACACACCUUACACAUGGGUACAAAGACACUAAGUGUUUACCGUUUGUUAAUUUGGGUGAAGUAAAAUGGGACGCUGGUCAGGCUGGUGAGACUUAAGGCUGGAAAAUUUCCAUUGCAUUUUCAACUUUCAAAGGACCAGCCUUUUGGUGAAAAGGGGAAGGGGAACUUCAACACAAUCAAAUACAAAAUAAAUAAUAGGUUUUUUAAAAGAGGCAAAACCCCCACAAGUAUUCCUCUAGAGAGACCUAUUUUCUCUUCUGCUCCUUUAUUUUCACAAUGAAUAGGUUCUGAAAAUGUUGGUUCUUGCUCAUUUGACUGAGCAUUCUUCCCUCCCCCCGCUUCUCCCCACAGUUUCAGUGUGUUUAGAACUGAAAAAAGAGCAGAGGUUUGAAUGCUUUCUUUAGUAUGAAGCUGAAGGAGUAGGGAAGAGACAGAAGAACGUUAAAUAAAAAGCAUGGCCUUGGCUUCAUACCACACUUUCUGUGCCUUGUUCUAUCAAUGUAAAUUCUGAAUGUUGUACAGUAAAAUACUUGGGAAAGACUCCUUGGAAAAGGCUGCACUUGCUUCUUUUUUCAGCACAUGUACAUAUAUAAAUAUAUAUACAUAUAUAUAUUUGGUAAUGCCAAACAGCUGUGUUAUAUUGUACGGAAAAAGUAAUAAUGGACAGUUUGGAUGUUUUAUGUAGAGUUUGCAGAAAUUGUAUGGCUAUAGCCUUUUGAAGAUAAAUGUACAGACGUAAAUUACUGCAUAUCAGUUAUUUAUGAAUAAAGAGUCUUUUACUGACAUCUUAGAUUACUGUA